AUGCCAAGAAAACGCAAAGGGGCUGAUUUGAGCCGCAGUACAAUAAGGUUUUUUGAUCCUUCGAAAAAUAAACCAACUGAAAUAUUUAUAGGCUUACAACGUUUACAUGCAGUGGAUGCAAGUUCAAUUUUUAACAGUUUAACUGAAAAAAUUAAAGAAAUUAAUGUAGAUUGGAGUUCUGUUUUGGCUGUUUGUUUUGAUGGAGCUGCUACAUUGUCUGGCAAAAAUAAUGGUGUUCAAGCCAAAAUUAAAAUUGAAAAUCCUCAAAUUCAAACUGAUGAAGAUAACUAUUCAACAUUAUUUGAAAAAGUUUUGGACAUUUGUAGUUCACAAAAAAUAGAGAUACCAAAUGUAAAACAAAGAAAAGUGUCUAGUCGAAUUGACAGCAACAAUACUCAACAUUUUACCUCUGACAAAAAAACAGAAAUGAAAUGUUUUGUGUACUACACAGUUUUAGAUGACCUUUUAAACGAAUUAGAAGAACGUUUUAGUCAAGAAACACUUUUACUAAUAAGUGCAAUUGGACGUUUAUUACAGUUUAACCUGCAUGAACAUGGCUUAAUUUUACUAUCCAAUAGGUUUAACUUAAAUGACAGUGAACUUGAAGCAGAACUCAGAUUGUUAAAAUCGUUACCAGAAUUUGAAAUUGGUAAAACUAGCAAAACUAUUUAUCAGUGUCUGGUAAAAACAAAGCUGAGAAGUUGUAUGACGCAAGAUCGAUUGAAGUCAAUGAUGUUAGUAUUUAUUGAACAGGAAUUGGCAUAUGAAUUAGAUCCAGAAGACAUAAUUGAAGAGUUUAAACAUCUUAACAAUACACAACGGCGACUAGAACUUUAA